GCCUUACGUGUCCAGCGAUAACGAGUAGUUCCAUGUCGGCAUCUCGCGCCACUAACUAAAGCGGUUAUGGAUUAUGCCCGUGGUUAUUAAAUCUACCUACAUACUUCCCCAUAACAGGAUUCCAUGAAGAAGCUCGAGCGUUCAUCUUUCUGGUAAUCCUGUCUCUCUUCACGUCUCGUGGAAAAUGGGUCUAGAAUCAGCACCGACAGAUGCGCCCGCCUCUAUCCCUCUAUCUGAAGCGGAAAAGGCAAAGGGAAAAUACUCAGUAGCGACUCUCCGACAAAUCCUAGAGCGCUUCAACGAUGACGGGUUUAUAGUGCUUGAGGACGUCGUCGAUGUGGCUCACGUCGAGAAGAUCAACAAAUACAUGCAGGACGAUACAGACAAUGUACUACGAGAGGUCUAUGGUUCAAAGGCUUAUUUCAACCACGGUGUGCGAUCUAACAUCUUGCACUGCGCUCCACUGAAACCCGAGUAUAUCUUCGAGGAUGUGUAUAUGAAUCCAUUUGUUAUUCAAGUGAUGAACGCAUACCUCGGCGCGCGGCCUCGUUGGAACUUCAUUACGGGAAACAACGCCCUCGGGAAUACAAAAGGUCUGCGACAGCCUGUCCACAAGGAUAUCCGCUGGAGCGGGCACCCGACUGCUCCUUUCUAUGCGAUUGCAAAUGUGCCCUUGACCGACUUCUCACCAGAAAACGGGUCCACCGAGUUCUGGUUGGGGACUCACAAAAUCACUACCACUGCUGACCAGCAAACGACUCCGGAAGGUGCAAUGACAUGCAACGUGAAGAUAGAGAAGCUCGAAGAGCGCCGCAAGGUGCGCCCGCCAGUACAGGUCCACGCUAAGAAAGGCAGUAUUACGCUGAGAGACUUGCGGUUAUGGCAUGCAGGAAUGCCGAACCCUAGUGAUGAGCAUCGGAUCAUGAUUGCCUUGGGUUAUCAGGCGCGGUGGUAUCCAAAUUAUACACAGCGAUUGAAGCUUCCUGAGAGUAUGAUGAACUUCUUCCACCAUGAUGAUAUUGAGAUCAUGGCAAAUUUCGUCAGCGAUGAGGAGGUACAGGCCAACCAACAUAGAGACAACUUUCAUUUCAGUGCGAGUGUCUAGCGGCGACGCUUCUUCAUUCCCGAGUGUUACCUUCUGGCACAAGAUUCAUGUUGUCAUGUCCCCGGAAACGAGCUUAAUUGCGACAAUACAAAAUAUAUUACUCGUACCUGCCGAUUUGUCUCUGCAGUCAAUGGUUAUAGUGGAGAAUAGCAAGGUAAUAGACAACAUGAUCCUUAUGACUUAAGAUUAAAAUAUCUCAAAUAUA